GGACUGACUGAAGGCCACCCAGCAAAGUAUCAACAUCUUACCAACUUGGUCCCAGCAAUAUCCUACGAACUUGGGCAAAAAAAGAGAGGGUAAUCAUGAGCACCGAUGCAGAGAUGGCGGCAUUUGGCCCGGCGGCCAUCUACCUCCGAAAGCCAGAAAGAGAGAGGAUUGCAUCCCAGGCCGCUCCCUUUGAUGCCAAAACAGCUUUCUUUGUGGUUGAGCCCAAAGAGAUGUACCUCAAAGGAGUUCUCCAGAGUAAAGAGGGUGGAAAAGCCACUGUCAAAACACUGUGUAACAAAGUUCUCACUGUGAAGGAGGAUGAUAUCCACCCCAUGAACCCUCCAAAGUACGACAAAAUUGAGGACAUGGCCAUGAUGACCCACCUCAAUGAGGCCACAGUGUUGUAUAACCUCAAAGAGCGUUACGCAGCAUGGAUGAUCUACACCUACUCUGGGCUGUUCUGCGUCACUGUGAACCCCUACAAGUGGCUCCCAGUGUACGACUCUGUCGUUGUGAAUGCUUACAGAGGCAAAAAGAGAAUUGAAGCCCCACCCCACAUCUUCUCCAUCUCUGAUAAUGCCUAUCAGUUCAUGCUCACUGACCAUGAGAACCAGUCAAUUCUGAUCACUGGAGAAUCCGGUGCAGGAAAGACUGUGAACACCAAACGUGUCAUCCAGUACUUUGCGACAAUCGCAGUGGCUGGAGGAAAGAAGGAACAAACAGCAGCUGCUACUUCUGGGAAAAUAAAGGGGUCGCUGGAGGAUCAAAUCAUUGCAGCCAACCCCCUACUGGAGGCUUAUGGUAAUGCCAAGACCGUGAGAAAUGACAACUCCUCACGCUUUGGUAAGUUCAUCAGAAUCCAUUUUGGAACAACUGGAAAGUUGGCCUCUGCUGAUAUUGAAACAUAUCUGCUGGAGAAGUCUAGAGUGACAUUCCAGCUGUCUGCUGAGAGAAGCUACCACAUCUUCUAUCAGCUCAUGACUGGACACCAGCCACAAUUGCUGGAGGCACUUCUGAUCACCACCAACCCCUAUGACUAUCCCAUAAUCAGUCACGGUGAAAUCGCUGUCAAAAGUAUUGAUGAUACAGAAGAGUUCAUCGCCACCGAUACGGCCAUUGACAUUUUAGGCUUCACUGCUGAGGAGAAGAUUGGCAUCUACAAGCUGACUGGUUCUGUGAUGCAUCAUGGGGCAAUGAAGUUCAAGCAGAAGCAGCGUGAGGAGCAGGCUGAGCCUGAUGGCACUGAGGAGGCUGAUAAAAUCUCCUACCUCAUGGGCCUGAACUCCGCUGACUUGCUCAAAGCUCUGUGCUACCCCAGAGUGAAGGUCGGGAAUGAGAUGGUGACCAAGGGGCAGACUGUACCACAGGUGAACAAUUCAACUAUGGCCCUCUGUAAAUCUGUCUAUGAGAAAAUGUUCUUGUGGAUGGUCGUCCGUAUCAAUGAGAUGUUAGACACAAAGCAGUCCAGACAAUUCUUCAUUGGUGUGCUGGACAUCGCUGGAUUUGAAAUCUUUGAUUACAACAGCUUGGAGCAACUUUGCAUCAACUUCACCAAUGAGAAACUACAACAGUUCUUCAACCACCACAUGUUUGUACUGGAACAAGAAGAGUACAAGAAAGAGGGAAUUGAAUGGGCGUUCAUUGACUUUGGUAUGGACUUGGCUGCCUGCAUUGAGCUUAUUGAGAAGCCAAUGGGCAUCUUCUCCAUCCUUGAAGAGGAGUGCAUGUUCCCCAAGGCUUCAGACACUACCUUCAAGAGCAAGCUGUAUGACCAGCAUAUUGGUAAAACCAAAGCGUUUGAGAAGCCUAAACCUGGGAAAGGCAAGGCUGAGGCCCACUUUGCCCUGGUACACUAUGCCGGUACUGUGGACUACAAUGUCACAGGCUGGCUGGACAAGAACAAGGACCCCCUGAAUGACUCCGUUGUGCAACUGUACCAGAAGUCAUCAGUCAAACUGUUGGCUAUGCUGUAUGUAGGAGCAGCAGCUUCACAAGCAGACGAUGCAGCAAGAGGAGGAGGAGGCAAGAAGAAGAAGGGUGGUUCCUUCCAGACUGUGUCUGCUCUGUUCAGGGAGAAUUUGGGCAAGCUGAUGACCAACUUGAGGAGUACCCAUCCUCACUUUGUGCGAUGUUUGAUUCCCAAUGAGUCAAAGACACCAGGUCUGAUGGAGAACUUCCUGGUCAUCCACCAGCUGAGGUGUAAUGGUGUACUGGAAGGCAUCAGAAUCUGCAGAAAGGGCUUCCCCAGCAGAAUCCAAUAUGGUGACUUCAAGCAGAGAUACAGAGUAUUGAACGCAAGUGUCAUCCCUGAUGGACAAUUUAUUGACAACAAGAAGGCUUCAGAGAAGCUCCUGGGAUCAAUAGAUGUUGACAAGAGUCAGUACAAGUUUGGGCACACCAAGGUGUUCUUCAAAGCUGGUCUGUUGGGUACUCUGGAGGAGAUGCGAGAUGAGAAACUGGCUACUCUGGUGACAAUGACUCAGGCCCUCUGCAGAGGUUACGUCAUGAGGAAAGAGUUUGUCAAGAUGAUGGCGAGACGAGAAGCAAUUUACUCCAUCCAAUACAACAUCCGCUCAUUUAUGAAUGUGAAACACUGGCCAUGGAUGAAGCUGUACUUCAAGAUCAAGCCUCUUUUAAAAUCAGCAGAAACUGAAAAAGAGAUGGCUGCAAUGAAGGAAAACUUUGAGAAAAUGAAGGAGGAUCUGGCCAAGGCAUUGGCCAAGAUAAAAGGGCUUGAGGAGAAAAUUGUUUCUCUGUUGCAGGAAAAUAAUGAUCUGCAGCUACAGAUAGCAGCGGAAGAGAACACUCUCUGUGAUGCUGAGGAAAGAUGUGAGGGACUCAUCAAGAGUAAGAUCCAGAUGGAAGCCAAACUCAAAGAGACAUUUGAGCGGCUGGAGGAUGAGGAGGAGCUCAAUGCUGAACUGACUGCCAAGAAAAGGAAACUGGAGGACGAGUGCUCUGAGCUGAAGAAAGACAUUGAUGACUUGGAGCUCACCUUGGCCAAAGUGGAAAAGGAGAAACAUGCCACUGAAAAUAAGGUUAAAAACCUGACAGAGGAGAUGUCUUCUCAAGAUGAGAGCCUUAUCAAGUUGACGAAGGAGAAGAAAGCCCUCCAAGAGGUGCACCAGCAAGUCCUUGAUGAUCUCCAGGCUGAGGAAGACAAAGUCAACAAUCUGACCAAAGCCAAGACCAAGCUUGAACAGCAAGUUGAUGAUUUGGAGGGUUCCCUUGAGCAAGAAAAGAAGGUCCGCAUGGACCUUGAGCGAGCCAAGAGGAAGCUUGAAGGAGAUCUGAAACUGGCCCUGGAGUCCUUGAUGGACCUGGAGAAUGACAAGCAGCAGUCUGAUGAGAAGAUCAAGAAGAAGGACUUUGAGACAAGCCAACUUCUCAGCAAAAUUGAAGAUGAACAGGCAUUGGGUGCUCAGCUUCAGAAGAAAAUCAAAGAACUCCAGGCCCGUAUUGAAGAGCUGGAAGAGGAGAUUGAGGCUGAACGUGCUGCUCGGGCCAAGGUUGAGAAGCAGAGGUCUGAUCUCUCCAGGGAACUUGAGGAGAUCAGUGAAAGGCUUGAAGAAGCUGGAGGUGCAACAUCUGUCCAGAUUGAGAUGAGUAAGAAGCGUGAGGCUGAGUUCCAGAAGCUGCGUCGUGAUCUUGAAGAGUCCACCCUGCAGCAUGAGGCCACCGCUGCUGCACUCCGUAGGAAGCAGGCCGACACUGUGGCAGAACUAGGAGAACAAAUAGACAACCUCCAGCGUGUCAAGCAGAAGCUGGAGAAGGAGAAGAGUGAAUACAAAAUGGAGAUUGAUGACCUCUCCAGCAACAUGGAAGCUAUCGCCAAGGCAAAGGGUAAUCUAGAGAAAAUGUGCCGAAGCCUUGAGGAUCAACUGAGUGAAUUGAAGACAAAGAAUGAUGAGCAUGUCCGCCAACUUAAUGACAUAAAUGUUCAGAGAGCAAGGCUUCUGACUGAGAAUGGUGAACUUGGUCGUCAGAUGGAGGAGAAAGAAUCUCUUGUUUCCCAGUUGACCAGGGCCAAGCAGACUUUCACACAGCAGAUUGAGGAUCUCAAAAGGCAGAUUGAAGAGGAAGUGAAGGCCAAAAAUGCCCUAGCCCAUGGUCUGCAGUCAGCCCGCCAUGACUGUGAUCUGCUUCGGGAGCAGUAUGAGGAGGAGCAGGAGGCCAAGGCUGAACUGCAGCGAGCAUUGUCCAAGGCCAACAGUGAGGUGGCUCAGUGGAGAUCCAGAUAUGAAACUGAUGCCAUUCAGCGCACUGAGGAGCUUGAGGAUGCCAAGAAAAAGCUUACCCAGCGUCUGCAAGAUGCACAGGAGGCUGUUGAAGCAACAAACGCCAAGUGUGCUUCUCUGGAGAAGACAAAGCAGAGACUCCUGGGUGAAGUGGAGGAUCUCAUGAUUGAUGUGGAGAGAGCUAACGCUUCAGCUGCCCAGCUUGACAAGAAGCAGAGGAACUUUGACAAGGUUCUGAGCGAGUGGAAGCAGAAGUACGAGGAGGGCCAGGCAGAGCUAGAGGGGUCUCUGAAAGAGGCUCGCUCUCUAAGCACUGAGCUGUUCAAGAUGAAGAACUCCUAUGAAGAAGCUUUGGACCACCUGGAGACACUGAAGAGAGAGAACAAGAACCUGCAACAUGAGAUCUCUGACCUGACUGAACUGGUCGGUGAGUCUGGGAAGAGCAUCCAUGAGCUGGAUAAGGCAAAGAAGACAGUGGAGAAUGAGAAGGCAGAAAUCCAGGCUGCGCUAGAGGAAGCAGAGGGCACACUGGAACAUGAGGAAUCCAAGAUUCUUCGUAUACAGCUGGAGCUCAACCAGAUCAAAGGUGAAGUUGACAGGAAGCUGGCAGAGAAGGAUGAGGAGACAGAGCAGAUCAAGAGGAACAGCCAGAGGAUGAUGGACUCCAUGCAGAGCACUCUGGACUCUGAGAUCAGGAGCAGGAAUGAUGCUAUGCGAGUCAAGAAGAAGAUGGAGGGAGACCUCAAUGAGAUGGAGAUUCAGCUGAGCCAUGCCAACCGCCAGGCUGCUGAAAGCCAGAAACAGCUGAGGAACGUCCAGGGAGCACUCAAGGAUGCCCAACUGCAACUUGACGACGCCAUCCGCGUUGCAGAUGACAUGAAGGAACAAGUAGCCAUGGUGGAGCGCAGGAAUAACCUGAUGAUGGCUGAGAUUGAAGAACUGAGGGCUGCCCUGGAGCAGACAGAGAGAGGGCGCAAAGUGGCCGAGCAGGAGCUGGUUGAUGCCAGUGAGCGUGUUGGACUGUUGCACUCUCAGAAUACCAGCCUCAUCAACACUAAGAAGAAGCUGGAGGUUGACCUUACUCAGGUCCAAGGUGAAAUGGAAGACACUGUCCAGGAGGCAAGAAACGCAGAAGAGAAGGCCAAGAAGGCCAUCACUGAUGCUGCCAUGAUGGCAGAGGAGCUGAAGAAAGAGCAGGACACCAGCUCUCACCUGGAGAGGAUGAAGAAGAACCUGGAGGUUACAGUCAAGGACCUGCAGCACCGCCUGGAUGAGGCUGAGAACCUGGCCAUGAAGGGCGGAAAAAAACAACUCCAGAAACUGGAGGCUAGGGUUCGUGAACUGGAGAGUGAAGUUGAUGCUGAACAGAAACGUGGAGUUGAAGCUAUUAAAGGUGUUCGUAAAUAUGAGAGGAGAGUCAAGGAGCUCACCUACCAGACCGAAGAGGACAAUAAAAAUGUGAGCAGGCUGCAGGAUCUGGUGGACAGGCUUCAGUUAAAAAUGAAGGCCUACAAGAGAGCGGCUGAGGAUGCUGAGGAGCAGUCCAACAUUCACCUGUCCAGGUACAGGAAGGUGCAGCAUGAACUGGAGGAAGCUCAGGAGCGUGCCGACAUCUCUGAGUCCCAGGUCAACAAGUUGAGAGCCAAGAGCCGUGAAAUUGGUAGCAAGGGGAAUGUGGCUGAAGAGUGAGGGACGAAGUCCAGAUGAGACACAUUAUCAACAGGUCAUACAAUAUGAUUUUUGGUAAAAUGUUCUCAUGAAUCAAAAAUAAAUCUGCAAACCAUA